AGUGGAAGAAUUCUUUCUUUCUCCUCUUCUUCGUCUUCGUUGUGGAUGUGUGGAGUGUCAAAUUUUUUUUUCGCUGGAGCAGUGGGAUGAAUGCUCGCGCAGCACGGAGAGAGAGUGGAGUGUGUGAGAAAAAUCGAUAGGUUUUUAGGGGCAGCUGACCCAUCUAUUCUAUGAUCCAGGAUUGAUUGUUACUGGCGUGCCUUCCUUCUUGAAUCUUCUUCUAUAAAAGCUUGUGGCCGGACAGACCAUUUCUCCCUCGCUCGCUCGCUCGCUCCUCUUUUCCUUGACUUUCUUCCUGAGAAGAAGUCGUUUUUUCCUUCCUCUCUUCAGUCCUCUCCAUCCCGCUGCAAUUGUUUGCUGGGUCACUGUAAUUUAAUCGAUCGAUUCGAUCCACUGCGAUGUGAAUGGCAGCAGCAUGUAGAUCUGGAUCAUCCUUUCCAGGAAGGGAAAAAGAGAAGCUCCCCCACAUCUUUCAGUUGAUCGGUCGAGCGAGAAAUUAGACUCUAGAGCGAAAGACAAAGCGGUUUAUGUUGCGGGGAGUGCUGCCUGGCUCGAGACAGCAUCGCCGAGAUCUGAUCAAAUCGCAAAGUUGAGAAACAAGCAUCACAGUUUGAUCUGGAGAUCGUGUUGUGUCGGACCAGGCUUCAUUCCCCUCAGCUACAAAUUUGCGUCCCUCGUUUCUCUGCUCGCUCAGUCCUCGAUCGAUGGAAAGCUUCGAUUUUUCUCUUUUCUCUGUUGCUCACUUACGUGUGCGUCCCGUUUCUGCAGAUUCUUUCUUCUCCUUUUCUUCGUUUCUAGUAACUGUUGUUUUCAGUCGGAAAGAAGAAGCUUCUCAAGAACACAUUUUACUCGCUGCGCUGCGGGUUCCAGGCUUCGUGAUGAAUCCAUCCAUGGCUUCCGUUCCUGGCGAUUCAUUCAAAAGUCUGUAUGGUUGCUGCCAUCAUAAGAUUCGCUUUUGGCAAGAUGACAACGAACUGCAAACAAAGCGUUUCUGUUCUGAGAUAUUGGAACAUCCCUCCAUUCAUCUUUCCAAGAAGAAGAAGAUUUAAACGCGAUAGUUCAAUGUAAUCCAAUCUUAUCACGCAAUUUUUCCUUGUAAGAUCGUUUGUUUCUUCAAGUAUUAUCCUUUGUUUCGUGUCUGCCAA